AUGCCGCCUCGAUCAUCUUUGACGUCGUCUUUCUCUAUUACAGACUCCAACAAUGAGGUAGUCUGCCCUCUUCGCAACCAGGAUGGCUCCAGCUGUCGCAAGAGAUGCAUUGGUGAAAAAAGAUAUCGUUCCAUGCAGGAGCAUAUCCGCCGCGCACACCCCGAGCACUACAUCUCGAAGCUUCCAGCUACAGAAGAGAGCUUCUUGUUGAUGAUUAAUACUCCACCAUCGGAGCGUCGCCCUUUAGAUCAGACCUCAGCUCCAAAUGCUCAGGGUUUGUCCCACUCUCACUCCAGCCUGCCCCCGCCCAUUGACCACCUUCAAGGCUUUCACGAGCGACACAACUAUCAUCGCGACGAAUCGAGUAAUCCAGGCACUCCGCGCCUUUUAGAUGACUUCAGUAAUGGCGGGCCGGUUGCUGGCCCAAUGCUUGGCACAGCCAGUGCCGCUGCUGCCCUAGCCGAACUUCAUGGCGUCAAGAGUGAACGCGACAUGGACUUGGACGGUGAAUAUUACUCAGAUAUGGAUGUUCGACGUAGGCCACGGACUUCCAUCGAACUGCCGCCUCUCAAUUUUUCCAAUCACGAUAUUACUAGCGACCCUUAUUCAUCUGCCAAAUCUACUAGACAGCGCGACUUUCUCCCUUCCAUUCUAGCAAACUCACCACCUGGAAGAUCCUCAACACUCCCACCUCUUCAGCGUUCUGUGGGACCUAAUCGGCCUCGCAAACAGUCUGUUACAAAGCGGGGAAGAGAGCCUCACCACAAAAAGAAGAAUUCUAAAGGUUCUGCAACUGACUGGCUACGCCGAAUACAAAAUGAAGAACGAUAUAGACCAGGCAAUGAUCGGAAGGCUUUGUCAGCAGAGCCAUCCGCAGACUUCGGGAAGCGGUGGGAAGAUCUUAUCGAUGCAGCUGAUCAAGCCGCUUCUGCUGCUGGGGAUAUCGACGAAGACCGUACUCCUGUACCCCAGUCUCCUGUUUCAAUGCAUAGAUCAUCGUUACCGCCCUUUUCCCACCAGCCUCAAUUCCAGCCGGCCAGUUAUCAAGCUUCGCCUCUUCAGCAGGCGCUCACACCUCCAUCAUAUGGCCAAGAUGCUGUAGAGCCAUUUCCAUCCGUGGAGAGUGGUGAAAGCGGCGACAACUUUCAUAUGGGGACUCGGGGGCUUUCUGAUUCAUCACCGACAUAUUCGGCUCAGAAUAUUCAGAUAUACUGCGCUGCAUGUCAAGGGUUUUCUCUACUCAAGGAUUCGUACGCAUGUACCGAAUGUAUCUGUGGCCUAUGCCCAACUUGUGUGGAGGUUCUCAUGACAGAGCAUGGAGCAAGAAGGAAGUGUCCCCGCUGUGCUACAAUCGGCGGGCGGUUCAAGCCUUUCCAGCUCGACAUUAGAUGAAGGGUUUUCCGGAACUCACAUUCCAUUACAUCGGUCAAGAUUUAACGCAUGGGGUUCUCUGACGGUUAACAUUACAUUGGUUUGGCGUUCUGGCAUAUGACGGAAGUCAAAUGAUCUUGCGCAUGAGCAAGAUGGCAGGCGAAUCACGGCACGGGAUCGAUACCUAUUGCCAAGCGACUGAAUGUUCAUUCAUUUCAAUGUUGGACCUUGCUCACUUGGGAAAAUUGCUAUAUAUGGGACUUGGGUAAAGGAGUUUUUGCUAAGUUUUUUCUUUCUUUCUUAUUUCAUUGGUCGUCCUUUUGCGACUACACAGAAUUGGAUGUCGGGAGCUUAUCAUUGAGAUUUUCUUUUUAGGACUGUUUUCUUCUGCAUGGUCAGAUCACUGGAUCAAAAUGCCUACACCACUAUCGAUCGUUACAGACUAAGUAGUCAAUAU